CCGCAGUACACCUGGCCUAUCAUGCCCAAAGAUACCUCAAAGACACCUACUAGCAACUCUCGCUCCAGAGGUGUUCUACCCUCGCCUCUGGCAGCACCUCAUCUUCGUGCUCCUUUGAGGAGGCCGCGCCAGAGCAUGCCUGCUAUAGGCCAGAGAGCUCCAGCUAGUCCGUCUCUGGUUCAGAAGCCAUACGCAAAGGACGACAUUGUUACGGUCACAACGAAACCCAAGCCAUGGUUUCAUGAUGAGAAGAGUGCAGCCGAGGUAUACGAUGAGUGGGCUGUAGAGCAGUGGUUGAACUCACCGGCGAGGAAGGGAAAGUACACGGUUGCACCCCAUAAGGACCCUGACCUCAACGCGCUCAACUUUGACGAAACGUAUCCUGUGAACGCAGAAGAAUAUUGGGCCAAUCCGAACGCGCCUGAACUAGACAACCGAGUCCGGACGACGAAGUUCAAAGAGUACUACGACUUCGUCCGCACAAGCAGCCGGAACUUUGAGCAUUAUUGGGAGAAGAUGCGUCCCCGUCGCAAGGUCGGAGCAGCACGAUUAGAGGAAUUAAAGGCGAUCCGCCUUCGUGAGUGGAACGGUGAACGCUGUAUUUAUGAUCCGCCCAAGAUUGCGAUGAAGGAAGCUUUCGUCACUUUGCAAGAUGAUAUCGACCCGAUGAUGGAGCUCGAAAACCAUUUGCUUGUGGCACAACUAGUCGGACUCCGGCACACCCAUCCUUCUUCAUUCGCUGGUAACGACCCCUCGAAGCGACGUACGAAGUUCCCAAAGAUGAAAGGCCCCCAAGAACUCUACGACGACAUCUGUAAGAAGCACGCCGAUAUGGUCGAGAGGGUGGAGAAGUUCACCGAAGUCUGCAGCCUGAAGGACAGGGGCCUGCACUUGCAGCUGUGUCGUCAGGUCGCAGGGUACCACCAGCUCAUUGACCUUCUUCAGCAAGGCAUGGCAGCGUUUUGGGCAGCGGCUGAGGAUCACAUCCUCAUUUUUGAUGACAAGAGAAGUAUGAACACACGCGAGUUUCAUAGGGUGUACCCGAAGUUGGGUAUGUUUAUAUAGGAAUGCCUUGUGGCAAGUUUAUGUCUGCGGUUCUUCCCUCUUUCUUUUUUUAUCUCUGCUUUGAC